GCCCCCUAGCGGCAGGUCGGGGCGGGGCAGGCGGCGGAGAGGCCUGGCGCGCAGGGCGAGGGCGGCUGCGGCGCAGUCUGCAGCAUGGCGUACCCGGGGCAUCCUGGCGCCGGCGGCGGGUACUACCCAGGCGGGUAUGGAGGGGCUCCCGGAGGGCCUGCGUUUCCCGGACAAACUCAGGAUCCGCUGUAUGGUUACUUUGCUGCUGUAGCUGGACAGGAUGGGCAGAUAGAUGCUGAUGAAUUGCAGAGAUGUUUGACACAGUCUGGCAUUGCUGGAGGAUACAAACCUUUUAACCUGGAGACUUGCCGGCUUAUGGUUUCAAUGCUGGAUAGAGAUAUGUCUGGCACAAUGGGUUUCAAUGAAUUUAAAGAACUCUGGGCUGUACUGAAUGGCUGGAGACAACACUUUAUCAGUUUUGACACUGACAGGAAUGGAACAGUAGAUCCACAAGAAUUGCAGAAGGCCCUGACAACAAUGGGAUUUAGGUUGAGUCCCCAGGCUGUGAAUUCAAUUGCAAAACGAUACAGCACCAAUGGAAAGAUCACCUUCGACGACUACAUCGCCUGCUGCGUCAAACUGAGGGCUCUUACAGACAGCUUUCGAAGACGGGAUACUGCUCAGCAAGGUGUUGUGAAUUUCCCAUAUGAUGAUUUCAUUCAAUGUGUCAUGAGUGUUUAAAUCAAGAGGAAGCUGCAUGAAUGUAAUCAACAUUCCAACUGGAGCUCUCCUUUGCUUGUCCUCUUUGCCUUCCGUAAUAUGUAUAAACUUACAUCACGACUUUCUCUCAACAGCUGUUGUAAAGUUUAUUACUUUAUGUACAACUGAAGUUUUGUUUUAGUUUUGAUAAUAAAUUCUUUGGAACUUUAAUAAGAUCUAGUCUGUUACACCAUUUAGAACUUUCCUGAGCCAUUAUCAGUCAUGCCUUAUUUUCUUGCUAAAACUCUAUGUAAAUUUAAGUAUGCAAAAUGUUUAAGUCACAUUAUUUAUUUUUCAUUGUGAGACACUAAAAACUGUUCAUCAGACUACAGCUGUUAUCUUUCCUCUCCUACAAAGAAUACUCCACACAUAAAAACUUAGGUAAAUGACAUAGACACACUUGGGUGAAAUAAAACAACAAAAAAGGUAAUCCAGUAAUCCAUGUCAGGAUUCACCUUAGUAGAAGUUUAGCACAGGCCCUUCAAAACCUGUUGAAUAAUUUGAUUGGCAAAUACUAUCUGUCACCAAGUCCCUUUUUGUCAUCUAUUUAAACCUUUGUUAACUCUCCUUAAAAAUCUUGUACAUUAUAAGCUUAACUAUAUAAAAAGAAAAUUGAUAGAAAAAGACUAAGGGAAUAUAUGAAAAUAUUAACAAUGUUUAUUUUGGAUUAAUGGAAUUCUAGAUGACUUUAAUUUUCUUUAUAUAUUUCAGUAUUUUUCAGAUUUUCUAUAUGCUUUCCUUUUAAAAUCAGAUUUUAGUUUUUAAAAUACUGAUACAUCCAUUUUGAUAUACCAUGUAUUCACACUUUAAAAAAUAUACAUAGCAGAGUAUUGGAAAGUAUGUACCAAAACAUUGAUCUGGCUACCACUGGGAGUCAGGAUUAUGAGUUCAUCUUCUUCCUUCUUACUGCUUUUCCAAACAUUCUCCAGUAAGCAGGUACUACAUUUCUAAUGGAAGGAAUUUUUUAAAAAAUUUUAAGCUGUACACUUUCAAGUAAGAUCUGAAUUCUAAUGCUGGCUUGUGCCUCUUCCUAUGUGGUUUGGUCAUUAUAGAUAAUGCCAAGUUUCAGUUUCCCCAUCUUUGAAAAGGAGAUAAUAUGUUAUCUCUUGGGAGUAGUUCUGAAUAUGAAGUGUGUUGAUACAAGAAGCACUGACAAUGUUUCUGUUUCUUAAAUUUAAAACUGGCCUGGUUUGCCUUUUUUAUCAAGAGAGCUUAACAGAUAAAAAAUGAAAUUAGUCUAUUUUCUACUUGCCAGCAGAGUAUCUGUCUUAUUUUAGGAUGCAGUGUGAAACUUACCAUUCAACUGAACAACUAGUUGUCAACUAAUGAAAAUAAAACAUUUUCUCUAAGCA